CGCGACUUUCCUUCUUCUCCUUCUUGUCUCUAUUUUUCUUAAAUUCUUAUUUCUUUUCAUUUAACCGCUAUCGAUAUGGCUGCCCCUCUCCCGCCUAGAGGUUGCUUCACGUGUGGCUCUCUGCAUCACUUUUACCGGGAAUGCCCGCAGCGAACCGGUGGGUAUCGUCCUCCGGCCACGGGGGCGAAUGUUGUUCCUACAGGUGGGACAGUACUGGCGUUACCGGCACCUGCUCAAAAUGGUGGUUCCGCGGCUUCUUUUUCUACGGACAGUGGAGUGGGGGUGCGAAGCAAUGGAUACUCGAAUUAUGGAUAUCAUGCUGGCGGUGGUGCUCCGAGGCUAAAUUUUUGGAGGAAUAAUCAAGAGCGUCUCGAUACCAUGUACAACAAGUUUCUUGCUGACCAGGAGAAAGAGACUAAGAAAAAAGAGGAAGAAGAGAGGUUAAAAAAGCAGAAGAAGGAAGACGAACGGAAGGAGCAAUGGAAGAAGGAGAGACAACAAUUAGAGUCGGAGAUGGGUGAAAAAAUUGACAAAAAGCUUGCGAAGGUGUGUGAGGAUGUUAAAGUGAAUAGACAACCGGAUGCGACUAAGAGUUCGAGUAUGGACAACGAAUUGGCCAAGCUUAGACGUGAGAACGAGGACUUGAGGAAAACGUUGCUUGGUGAGGGUGAGGAUGAUAGAGUUAGAAAGUUACAGAAGGAGGUCAAUGACUUAAGGAAGCAGGUGUUGGACAAGUCAGGGAGGGAUGAUGAGAUGACUGCUUUGAGACACGAGAUCGAGCAGCUUCGGGAAUCUACGGUUAAGGAGCAGGAAAUUGCCGGGCUCAAGCGAUUGAUUGAACAGCUGAAGACCGAGACUCUACAUGGAAAGAUAAGGCUUUAAGGCCAGGUAACAAGAGAGGCAACAUCGCGGUGAACACACCAGAAACGAGUACGAGGGGAACACCGAGAGCAAGAUGGACAGGCGGUGAUGCUCCGCCAGAGAGUAGUUGGAGAAUAAAGUACAAAAAGUUACAGAGCAUGAGACGGGUGGACUCCUUGGAGGUUGAGGCUUUGAAGAAGAAGAAAGCGGAGGCGGAAGCUGAGGUUAUCAAACUACAACAACAAAUGAGCAACCUACAG